UCCUGCCGGCCGUGCGAGGGGAGGAAGCAAAGGGCUCAGUAGGGGCGUACCCAGGAAGUACCGCACUCAACCCGGGGAACUGCUGCUGGUGCUGAUCAUGUCGGCUAGAAACCCGGGCACAGAGCUGGACCUUGGCUUGAUCUCAAGAGUGCAAGUGAAUCAACCCGCAGUUAUAAGGCAUGCAGAACAAAUUCAGUCACGAAGAACUGUGAAAAAGGAUUGGCAAGCUGCUUGGCUACUGAGAGCUGUCACCUGCAUAGAUCUCACCACCCUUUCAGGUGAUGACACCCCUUCAAACAUUCACAGGCUUUGUUACAAAGCCAAGCAUCCCAUCAGAGAGGAUCUUUUGAGAGCCAUGAAUAUGCAUGAUAAAGGUAUUACUACAGCGGCUGUCUGUGUAUAUCCAGCUAGAGUAGCUGAUGCUGUUAAAGCGCUCAAGACCGCUGGUUGUAACAUACCAGUAGCUUCAGUGGCAACUGGGUUUCCAGCUGCACAGACUUCACUGAAAACCCGAUUAGAAGAGAUUAGGAUAGCGGUGGAAGAUGGUGCCAAAGAGAUCGACAUUGUAAUUAACAGAACCCUUGUGCUGACUGGCCAGUGGGAAGGCCUCUAUGAAGAGAUCCGUCAGUUUCGUCAGGCCUGUGGAGAUACUCACAUGAAAACAAUCUUGGCAACAGGAGAGCUGGGAUCACUUACCAAUGUCUACAAAGCCAGCAUGGUAGCAAUGAUGGCAGGUUCUGAUUUUAUUAAGACCUCUACAGGAAAAGAAGCAGUUAAUGCCACCCUUCCAGUAGGCAUAGUCAUGGUGCGAGCUGUUAGAGAUUUCUACUGGAAAACUGGCAACAAGGUUGGAUUUAAACCUGCCGGAGGCAUUCGUACUGCAAAGGAUGCUCUUACCUGGCUCAUAUUGAUGAAGGAGGAGCUAGGAGAUGAAUGGCUGAAAUCAGACCUCUUUCGCCUAGGUGCCAGUACUUUGCUGUCCGAUAUCGAGAGACAGAUAUACCAUCAUGUGACUGGCAGAUAUGCAGCUUACCAUGACCUGCCAAUGGCUUAGCCAUAUGAAUAAUUCAGGAUGAUGUUUAUGAAGAGAAUUUAAAGAAAAUAAUGUCCUAAAGUCUGUCCUGCAACGGAGUCCAAAAGUGCAUAUAAAAGAACCAAUUCUCUGUCUUCAUAUUUUUGUUGUAUUUAAAAAUAUGUUCAAGUCUAGUCAGUGGUGCUUGAGCCAAAAUGGCGGGAUUUGGAGGUGUGUAAAGUAAAUCUGAAAUAGUUAGUAAAGAUUUGCAGUGUUAAUAACAUAAAGUCUUCCUCAGACCAGCCUGAAAAGCAUAUCAGUGGCAAUGAUAACAUUGUAAUACUAUGAAAAAGUUUUAAAUCGCCUAGUAAUACUUUCCAGGAGCCAAAUAUGAAGUAUCUGUGGAAUGCUACAGAUCUCUAAUUACUUUCAAGAGCUACAGAUUUUGCAGGUUUUUUCCAUGUCAGUUAGGCUGCAGCUUUAGCCAUAGACAUGUUGCUCUAUUAAUUGUGUGAUAGACCCAGGCCAGUUGGGUACAGCAGAAUAGCAGAAGGCAGAUAUACUGGCCACUGGAUUAGCAGUUUUCUGUUCCCUGACUGACCAGAGCAGGGGCUGCUCCAGGCUAAUGAGAACACCUGACUCUAAGAGUCAGGUGAGGCCAGUCAGUUAAUGUGACCACCUGACUCUAAUUAAGGCCCUGCUGAAACUAUGAAAAGGGCUCACUCCAGUCAGACAGGGAAGAGCCAGGGGCGAGGAAGUGCGGCAGAAGGACUGGUUACUGAAGACAUCCCCAGACCAUCGUUAAAGGAGCCCUAAGGUAAGGGUGAAGACGGGAGAAGCAGGAGAGCAGUGGGGAAGUGGCCCAGGGAAAUGUAGCAACUGUGGCAGUGAAAGGUUGGCUGCCAACAACUGCUACCAUUAGGGUCCCUGGGCCGGAACCCGGAGUAGAGGGUGGGCCCAGGUUCCCCCUCAACCCACCACUACAGGAACAUCUCCUGGGAGGAGAAGUCAGGCCCCUGUCAGGACAGGAGGCUGAACAGAGACUGUGGGAGUUCUCUCACCAAUCUCCUUGCAGGCCUAUGAUGAAAAGGGCUCAGUAGAUUGUAACCCUGGCCCUAGAGAGAGAAGGGCUACGUGGAGGGUCACAGUGAGCCACUGAGGCUAGCAUAAACCGCCUAGAAGCGUAGGACCCAUGGGAGCAAGGUCAGAGCUCUGCCACAAUUGUUACUUAAAUCAUAUUUCAGACACUGUAAUUGGAGACAAUGAAACUUGGCUAUAUUUUUAAAAUAAAGUGCCAUUGUAGCUAAAGCCAAAUUUUUCAAACUUGAGUAGUUAUAGUUAGGUAUCUACAUCCCUGAUUUCCAGAACAGCUAAGCAGCCACGGUUGCUACUGAUGUUAAUGAGAUCAGAACCACUGAAAAUCAGGGAAUCCGUAUCUCAAUGCCUAAAUAUACAUUCAGAUGCCUAUCUUUAGACACUCAAGUUUGAAAAUUUCAGCCUAACUUGCUUGGCAAAAACCUAAUUUUUAAACACGUUCAUGCAGAACUUUGCAUUUUAAUGUACAGGUUCAGAGUGUCAGUUUCUGAAUGUUGCUGCUGUACAAGAACUUACAGGCUGAGUUUUCGACUUUGUCUAAAAACAACUUACUUUUGACAUUUUUAAAAUGUAUAUGUAAAAAGAUAAGUUAUUUGAGAAGUAUCCUAUACACAGGGCUGCUCCCUGUCUUUUACACAUUGGGUAAAGUAGUGUUUAUACUUACAGCACUGUAACAAUAAUACCCAACUCACUACCCAUCUGCUGAUCAAACUUUAGUGAGUUGAAUGUACUAUGUCAUCACUGCAUUCUUCUUGGUAACUAGAAAUAUGGUAAAUCUUGAUUAUCUCAUUGCUGUAACUAGUCCCACUUACUUCAACGGAACUAAUCGUGUGAUUAAGGUGGAAGGGAUUUAGCCACAUAUCAAACUGCUAGUUUCAAGGAGAUUCUUGUAAUGUAAAAAUCAAGAUUUGGUUUAUUUAAUAUUGAAGUUCUACCAGAGUUCCAGCGCUUUAAAGUAGCCUACUGUACUAUUAGACAAAUGGAUACGCUGAACAGCAGGAAAAAUGGAGUACAGCAUUUACAGAGACUAUAAUCCUAUAUGCAAUACUUGGUACUAGAAAAUGUGUUUUAAGCUGAUUUCCUAGCAGGCAAUAGAGUCCAAGUGCCUCUGACCUUUUCUGGUUUUCUCCUGCAGCACACAAGAAUCAGCCUCUUAGAUUGAGCUGUGUAGCCAUAUUCUUUUUCAAAAUGAAGGUGGUGCUUUUUAUCACAGAGCUUCUCUCAGACUUCAUUGCAAGUCUUUAUGAAGGAAAAUUCCAGUUCUUGGGUAGAAUAACUUUGUGGCAAAAUUCUGCUCCUGUGCCUGAGCGCCCAGGCUGUGGAGAAAGGCAAAGGUAUAGCCCAAUGCAGCCACUUCACAUGGAAUAGGUGGCAGGCUAAUAUCACUUGCUGCUGUUAAGGGCUUGUCUAUAUUACCCCCUGGAUCGACCGCUGAGCGCUCUCCCAUCAACUCUGGUACUCUACCAGGGCGAGAGGCGCAGGCGGAGUCGACGGGAGAGCGUCAACCAUUGACUUACCGCAGUGAAGAUACCAUGGUAAGUAUAUCUAAGUACGUCAACUUCAGCUACACUGUUCAUGUAGCUGAAGUGGCGUAACUUAGAUCGAUUUCUCUGCCCCCUCAUCCUGCAGUGUAGACCAGGCCUAAGUCACAGUCAGAGAAGAGCAGCCAUAACAUGUAAACCAUAACAUGUAUGCAGCAUAUUUUUGAAUUUUUAUACCAAACCAUUUCAGAGGAGGAAAAAUGUAACUUCUGUGCUAAGACCUUCAAAUCCCAAUAUUUUGGCCUAAAGCUAUUUUUGUAAUUGCUAAAUUUCAGACAUUUUUGUAAGAAUUUAUGUACAACAUAGGGACUAAUAGCAUUCUGAGAUCCAUAGAUGAAGAGUGCUGUAUAGGUGCUGAUACAGUUAAAGGACCAGUUGCUGCCACCUUCACUACUCACAAUGAGUACCUUGCUUUGCAAGUAAUCUCAUUGAUUUCAGUGGGGCUACUCCUAUAAUUAUGUAUUACCUAGUCUAAAUAAAUGUGGCAGAAUAUGCUGCAUAGCAUAGUUAGGUGCCAAGCAAAAUUGCACACAAAAUUCUGCCAGUGCACUCCCAAUUCUUGAUCCGCAUCACCUGUUGUCCCAGGUUUGUUUUAUUUUGUUCUUUUCUUUGUCUUUAGACUCCCAUUAUACAGCCAUUGAAGUAAACCUAGAUUUAAACACAGCCUUUUGCAACUCCUCUGAGCCAUCCACUGCUCCUCACGUCUUUUCUUCAAGGUGUUAAAAAAAAAUGACCCAACUAAAAUAUUCAACUCGUGGACAAUCAAUAUUUUGAAAAAGCUGAACUUCUAGAAAGCAUCAUCUGCCCACAUUUUAAAUGCUUCUGUCUUGGAAUUUGUGAUACACUGAGAAAGGAGGAAAAUGAAUAAAAAUAAAAGUGAUUACAUUAAACCUG